AUUUCAUAAUGCACACCUGGCAUUCUUUGAAUGGAGGUAAAAAAAGUCGGUCACAUGGAACGGUUAUUGUCCCUGAAUUCUACAUAAAUAAGCAUUGCUUGUUUAUAAAUAUCUGUUAGACAUUAUUGCAAAGCAUUUGCAAAGUCAACUUAUCGCUAUUCUCUGAGGAAAAAAAAGAAAUGGACGCCGCUGCGGUUUUGGGUAGCGACUUUGGAUAUGUGGUGCUGGUCAUCGUCUCCUCCAUCUUUAUGAGCUGGUGGGUUGGGUACCAGGUCGUUAAAGCGAGAGAAAAAUUCAACGUGCAAUACCCUAAAAUGUACGGGGACGAUGAUCGAUUUAAUUGUUACCAGAGAGCCCAUCAAAAUACAUUAGAGGUUUAUCCUAUAUAUCUGAUUCUACAAGUGAUGAGUGGACUGUAUGCUCCGAAAUUGUCUGCAGUCUGUGGAUUAAUAUUUGUCCUGGGUAGAAUUGUCUAUGCCAUAGGAUACCAAUCUGGAGAUCCAAAGAAGCGUCUUCGCGGAUCAUUUGCAUACUUUGGAAUUCUUGGAAUGCUGGUGUGUUCCAUCAUGUUUGGACUCAACCUACUGCAAAUCGUUAAAUAGUGAACAAACAUUUAUGAAAUAGUCAAGGAAUUUUGAGAUUUACUUAUUCACUCACUAAUUUCUCUCUGAUGCGCAUUCAUGUAGCAUAAUAAUAUGAUUUUCAAAACUUCUUUAUGAAACUAAUUAUCGUCACAUACUCCAUUAAUUUUUGUAUAGUACAUCAUCAAAACGACGUGGUUUAGUGAGCCUAUUUAAUUGUUAAAUGUAAGUUAUAAUGCAUCAUACAAUGACCUGGGAAGGUUUAAGCAAUUUUGUACAUGUAUAGUUAAUAAAUAUAAAAACAUCUGUAAUAUGACUUGACAAACUUAAUUGAUUAAAUU